GAUCUUACAUAUAUAUAAACCCGAAUUCGUUUUGUCAAAAAACACAUAGACAACAAUGAAGAAGAUUAGUGUCUUCACUUUUUGGUUGAUUUUGGUUUUGCUGGGAGUGUUGUGUUGUGAAGGGUGUUGGAAGCAUGAGAAAGAAGCUCUUGCUAAUAUCAACAGUGUCUACUUCGACAACAAUUUACCUUGGGUAGACACCACUGACUGUUGCAAAUGGGACAGGGUCGAGUGUAACUCCACCACAGGGCGAGUGGUGAAACUUGAUCUUUCUUAUGGAAGUGAUUAUCAUCAUGGAUAUUGGAUUCUCAAUUACUCCCAUUUUCUUGUGUUUGAAGACUUGAAGAAUCUCAACUUGUCAAGCAAUGACAUAUAUAGCUGCGUUGAAACCGAAGCAUUAGGACUAAAUAAUCUCGAGGUCCUCGAUUUGAGUAAUAAUUCUGGCACCCACAAUAUCUUAUCAUGCGUGCUUGAGUCUUCAUCUCUUAAGGUUCUAUACUUACAAUUCAACAAUUUCGAUGCAACUUCAUACCAAGGUUUAUUCUCCAUGUUGGUAAAUCUUGAGGUUCUUGACCUGACCAUGUGCGAAUUCAGCGACGAUGACAUUGCAUCUGCUUUGAGUGCCCUUCCAUCUCUCAAGUCUUUAAAUUUAGAAUCUUGUACUCAAUUGAAUUGGAGACCACUUCAUAGUUUUUCAAAACUGAGGACAUUGGAGAUCCUUUACUUGACUACGGUGGAGUUGGAUGACAGUAACUUAAGGUCUUCAGAAAAAGAAGAAUUCGCAUGGCCAUCCAAUCUGCAAUUCCUUGGAUUAAGUAGAAAUAGUUUCAGUAAAAAAGUCUUUUCUUCUCUAAGCGGGCUUAGACAUCUCAAAUCUCUUGAUAUAAGCGGAAACGAUUUGGAAGGAUCUUUAAAUAUUAGUGGAUUGACAUCAAGCAAUUUGGAAACUCUUGAUUUCAGUCGGAAUCAUAUCACCAAUUUUGUUGAAAACCAAGAUUGGUCUGGGCUUAAGAUGCUGAAGGAGUUAAACAUAAGCUAUAAUAAAUUCAAGGGGCCACUUCAACCAUAUUUUGCUGACUUCUCAUCCCUUAGGAAGUUGGAUCUUUCUAAUAAUCACUUUACUGGUAACAUUGGUUCUAGCCUUGCAAGUCUUACAUCCCUAGAAUAUCUUGGUUUUGAAGGAAACCAAUUUGAAGUCCCUGUUUCAUUCACACCAUUUUUCAAUCAUUCAAAUCUUAAGUUCAUCUAUGGCAAUGGGAACAAAGUCAUACUGGACUCACACUCUUCUAUGAAAAAAUGGGUUCCGAAAUUUCAAUUGCAAGUGCUCAGUUUGUCUUCAACGACUGAGUCCCAUUCUCUCCCUAUUCCAAGCUUCCUUCAUUACCAAUACAAUUUGACUCUUCUGGAUUUCACUGGAUGUAGACUAGAGGGAGAAUUUCCAAAAUGGUUGUUGGAAAACAACACAAAAAUGACAUACCUUGUUCUUAAAAAUUGUUCCUUCACUCAAUUCCAGGUACCAUCUCAUCCCCAUCUCCACCUUGCAGAAAUGAUUGUAUCCCACAAUGCAAUAUCAGGUCAAAUCAUGAGGCACAAUAUCAGUUCAUUUUUCCCAAAUUUGGAAAUUUUAGACAUGUCUGAAAAUGCAAUCAGUGGUUCAGUUCCUCGUGAAUUUGGCCUAAUGAAGUUACUGCAAACACUGGAUCUCUCAAGCAAUCAUUUAUCGGGAGAAAUUCCGCAUGAGCUAAUCAACAUGAGUUCAUUGAAGACAUUGGAUCUUUCUGAUAAUCAGUUAACAAAGGUCACAUUUGGAGUUGGUCACAGGUACACAGGAAGCAUCAGUUCAUUGGACAUAAGCAAUAACCAAUUGGUGGGAAAAAUUCCAAGCCUCAUUAAAAAUAUGUCAGGAUUGGAGCAUCUUAGUAUGUCCAAUAAUCAUUUUGAAGGAUCUAUUCCGCAGGAAUUUGCAGAACUUAAAAAUCUAAUAUAUCUAGAUCUCUCCCAAAAUAAUCUGACUGGUGAAAUUCCACCUUUUGUAAGUUCUUCAGUUAAGAGUAUCCAUUUGAACAACAAUCAUUUAACAGGACUGUCCAAAAGAACGUUCCGUGGAGGCUCUUCCUUGGAGUUGCUAGAACUUAGCCACAAUGAAGUAACCCAUAACAUUGAAGACAUGGUAGAAGACAUUAUUUUUAUAGAUUUGAAGAUUCUUCUUGUGAAAGGUAAUCACUUCAAUGGGGAUAUACCGAGUCAGUUAUGCAAGUUGAAAGGUUUAACCAUACUAGACUUUUCUCACAACAAUUUAACUGGUGUGAUACCCAGAUGCUUGGGUAGAAUGCCUUUCUACAAUGAAGACCCUGAGGAGCUACGUAGAUUGUUUUAUGGCAUCAUUCGUAAUACGCCCAAUUCUAGAUUUGACAGACAGAUACCAAAUGUGGAAGAGACAGCAAAUUUCACUACAAAGGGGAGAACUGACACUUACAUGGGGAGUAUCCUUGCUUACAUGUCUGCAAUUGACUUAUCUCACAAUAAACUUAAGGGCAAUAUCCCAUCUGAGCUUGGAAACUUGAAAAGAAUACAAUCAUUGGAUUUGUCACAUAAUGAUUUGACGGGGAAAAUUCCUACUACAUUCUCCAAGUUGCGACAAACAGAGAGUUUGGAUCUUUCAUUUAACAAGUUGAGUGGCCAAAUUCCUUCACAGUUGAGUGAAUUAACCUUUCUUUCUUCAUUCAAUGUAUCUUACAAUAACUUGUCUGGUGCAAUUGAGAGAAGAGGACAAUUUCUGACAUUUGAAGAAAGCUGCUUCAGGGGUAAUCCAUUACUCUGUGGACCUCCACUAGCAAGAAGUUGCAAUCCUGAGCCUGAUAUUUUCCCGAGUGACUCCGACAACGGAAACAGUGGCAGUUGGUUGGACAAGUUCGUUUUUUGUGUGACAUUUGCCGUGUCAUACGCAUCAUUUUUGUUGGUAACUGCAGCGGCUUUGUACAUUAAUCCUUACUGGAGGCAAUUAUCCUUUUACUAUGCAGAACUGGUGAGCCUGAAUUGCUACUACUUUGUCGAGGACAACAUGUGCAAGUUUUGUAAUCUUGGAACUGUGUAACAUAUUACCCUGUGUGUCUAAAACAUCACUGUCUUGUAUGUUUGCUCUAAGUGUGAUACAGUAGUUUAUUAGUUAUGUAUACGUUGUAUGAAAAUCGUAUGUACUUUCUCUUUAUAAAUGGUUACUAGAAUACACUCUGACUUGUUAAGUUAACAAAAAUUUUACGGUA